CCGAUACGCGCAGCAAACGGACGCCCUCCAAACUAUGUCGGAGAGCUUGGAAACAUGUGAACUUGCUCUGCCCCUGGGUCAAAUUAAGGGCGUUAAGCGCCUUAGUCUCUACGAUGACACCUACUAUAGCUUCGAAAAGAUUCCCUUUGCCAAGCCCCCACUGGGAGAAUUGAGAUUCAAGGCGCCAGUGCCAGCUGAAUCAUGGAGCGGUGUUUUGGAUUGCACCCACUACGCGGACAAGCCAACACAGAGGAAUUUACAGACAAGUGUUAUUGAAGGUGCCGAGGACUGUCUGUAUCUAAAUGUAUAUCCCAAACAGUUGAAGAGUGAGAAGCCAUUGCCGGUAAUGGUGUACAUUUAUGGCGGGGCUUACACGGUGGGUGAGGCCACCCGUGAAGUAUACGGCCCGGACUACUUUAUGACCAAAGAUGUGGUCCUGGUAACGCUCAACUAUCGCGUGGAUUGUUUCGGAUUUCUUUCUCUCAAGGAUCCCACCCUCAAGGUUCCAGGAAAUGCUGGACUCAAGGAUCAGGUGCUGGCACUUAAGUGGGUCAAGGAAAACAUUUCAAACUUCAACGGCGAUUCUGAUAAUAUUACUGUUUUUGGCGAGAGUGCCGGUGGUUCUUCCACCCACUUUAUGAUGUGCACGGAUCAGACCAAGGGACUGUUCCACAAGGCAAUUCCAAUGUCGGGAACAGUGCAUAAUUACUGGUCCGAUAACCCGAGUGAGGACUUCGCUUUCCGCCUGGCGCAGCAGUGUGGAUUCACUGGCGAAAAUAACGACGCCAAGGUUCUGGAGCACCUUCAGGGUGUUCCCGCUAGAGAUCUUGUGAACCACGAUCUGAUAACACCCGAACAUCGAAGAAACGGGAUGUUAUUUGCCUUUGGACCCACUGUGGAAUCGUAUGUGGGUGAUGAUUGUGUGGUUCCCAAACCGCCCGUCGAAAUGGCACGGGAUGCAUGGUCCAACAAUAUACCUGUCAUGCUGGGGGGAACUUCAUUCGAGGGGCUCUUCAUGUAUGCAGCCGUAUCUGCCAAUCGCAAGGGAUUGGAUAGCCUUAAUCAGGAUCCCCUGAGAUUGGUGCCUCGGGAGGUCCGUGAGGUCAAUAGCGAGAAGGAGAAUCUGGAAUAUGCUCAGCGUCUGAUAAGAGCCUAUUUCGGUGAUGCCCCACCCAGUUCAGCGCUCUUUAUGAAUAUUCUCGAUUUGUAUUCCUACAAAGUCUUUUGGCAUGGCGUUCAUCGGACUUUGAACGCAAGACUCGCAUAUGCAAAGGCACCAACAUACUUCUACCGCUUUGACUUUGAUUCUCCAAACUUCAACUUCUAUCGCUCUAAAUUCUGUGGGGAUAACAUAAAGACUGGUGUGGCCCAUGCCGAUGAGCUUAGCUAUUUGUUUCGGAACUCGAAAUCUUGGAAAUUAGAAAAGUCAUCUGCCGAAUAUCGCACCAUCGAAAGGAUGAUUGGAAUUUGGGCAGCAUUUGCAGCGACCUCCAACCCCAAUUGUGAUGAAAUUGCCCAUAUCGACUGGAAACCAUCAACAAAGGAUGAUCCAAAGCGAGUUAUAAAUAUCAGUAAUGAUAUAGAAAUAAUUGAUUUGCCCGAGAAUGAAAAGCUUAAAAUUUGGGAUGGCAUCUACAAGCCGGAUCAAUUGAUAUAAGCUUAAACAGACAAUAAACAUUUUUUUAUGUUUAUGGUAAUCAGUAAGUCUGUCAGUUAAAAAAUAUUAGAUUCCAACAAAAUAUUCGCAAAGCUAAUACAAAUUUUUAUUAAAAAUAUACUACGUUAUGAUUAAUUUCAAAAUAAAAUGGUGCACUUGUGUCAAAUA